ACCCGAGAUGAAAAAUUUGAUUUGUUCUUUUUUUUUAAAAUACCCUUGUCAAGAUUAACCAAUGAAACGAAGCAUUGUGUAACGGAGCAGGAAGUAAUUAUUCCAUUUCAGUGUUGAACUUCUUUUGGAACGGAGUGUUUCCCAGGACAUUUGAACUCUUCUUGUCCUCUUAAAAGGACGGAUGUGAACCUUAAACUGAAGUAUUAUUAUUUGGAGUUGAUAUUAAAGCGGAAAGAAAGAAGACAUGGCUAGGGCAGGGGGACUGAAUUCGGAGGAAAUACGUCACAUACAAUAUGUCGAAGAUAUCACGCAUUUACAACUUCCACAACUGAAAUCCCUCGCGAAAGCAUGGGGUGUCGACUUGCACGGGUGUAAUUCUAAAGACGAGAUGCUAGAGAGGGUGAUUAAACACUGGCUCCAGCAUAACUCAAAUCCGCCCCCCGAGCCACCAGACCUUGCUGGAGCUUUCGAAGAACAUCAGAAGACCCGAACGUCUCUGUAUGAUAGAUAUAAGAAAGCAGGGCAUUUGUAUGAAAGUUUAACACAGAAAAUAAAAUCAAACUUGGAACAAUCCCACCAAGACGUCAAACGAACUUUCAGAGAUAGAAAAGAAUCUUUAAAAUCUGGGGAAUGUACCAUUGUCAUAGCGGGGGAAGUUGGUGCAGGAAAGACGAGUCUACUCAACCUGCUUCUUGAAACUCAGAUAUUUCCAUCAGAUUCUCUAAAAUGUACGAACACUAUUGUUGAGAUACGGUGCAGUGACAAGAAGGACGCCAUUUUCUAUUAUAAGCCACAGCUGUCUGACAGCGGCGAGAGAGAGCGGAAUAUACCGCCGAAAAUCAUUAGUCUGAAUAGCUUAAACGGGAUCCAGGAGUUCAAGGAUUGUGUGGCAGAGUACGACCAAUCAGACGACAAUCCCUAUGACAGAUGUGAGGUUUUCUAUCCCUUCAAAACACUAAGUAAAGGAGUGGUGAUAGUGGAUACACCCGGUAUAGAAGGCGGAAGCAAUGUGGAUAAGAGGUUACAGACAUAUCUGUCAAGAGCUUUUGGGUUCAUCUACGUCAUCAACACGAACACUGCUGGUGGUGUUCAACAUAGCAGGCUCGGGCAUCUACUCAAGACAGUGGUCAACGACAGUGAGGACUUCAGCCCGGAAGCAUCUCUUUUCAUCGGCAACAAAUGGGAGCACGUGCCAGAGAAAGACCGAGUCGACGUUCAGAGAGACAUUUUCUACAAACUGAAUCAAGUGUAUCCGGGGAUCAGACCAAACCAGAUACACUACAUGUCUGUAAAGGAGUCGUCGAAAAUUCUGCUUAAAUACAAAACGAAGCAAGGAGAACACAUGAUUCUGUUGAAUAAAGUGGCUCAACUUGUUCCGAGCAGUUUGAGACAAGGAAUGUCAUCCCAUUACUGGUGGCUGUCUUCCUUUUUGGCGCGAUCAUCAUAUCUUUUGCGCGUGACGAGCGUCCAGCAUGCAAUGACACGUGAGGAACUAGAAAGACAGUUUGAAGGCCUUCGCAAGCACAUGGAAGAUCUACAGAAAAAUACUGACGAGACCAUCGGACGUCUCCGACUAAAAGUGGAAUUUGAAAUCAAAAAAAUUACAGAGAUGAUUCAAAAUGUACUUAGAGACAAAACUUUUGUUAACAGGAUUUGUAACUGGGAAGAUACUAACGAAUGUCCAAAGCCAGAGAGAAAAUGGAAGAGCACAGUAGAUGUUGCAGCUAUGAAAAUUUCUGAACGAAUUUCACGUGAACUGGACGGCUGGCAGAGACAAAAUCAGUUGCUUUAUACAAUAGACAAGGACAUUAUUGGAGUGUUCAGUAAAGAACUCGGGCUUAUGGACGAUCAAAUAAAAGAACUUGAAGAGUAUUUGUCAAGUAGCCGUAAAGGUAGCAUGUGUAAGACUAUGCGCGUUGUGCCAGUGAAAGCUUUGUUCGCAAAGAAAAAGAAAAAAAUAGAGAGAACCUACUCAACGUUGGGUGGCGCUGUCAGCUGUGUGGGAAUGCUGGACACUGACAAGAAGGUUGUUCGAAGGAUAUUUAGGAAGGACUAUAACAACUCAAACAAGGCAAAGAAAAUGACAGAGGCGACUUUACUGUUUCUGGACUCAAUUCUCGGACACAAGGAUUUUGGUGUAAAACUUAGGAAAUUCUUUGACCGUUUCUUCAAAGACAUUGAUGAAGCUGCAAAAAGAAUCCCGGGAUUUCUGAAGGCCGACGAGCAACUGAUAGAAACUUUACGUCACAGUAUAGAAGAAGACGAUCGGCUGAAAGAGAAGCUUCCAGAGCUCGUCGGUGAAACCGCAGAUCUUCUUGGAAAGCUAGACAUCUUCUAUAUUAAUGAAAUCAUGAAGUUUGACUAUGAGCUGUCAGAAAUGGAAUGGAAAGAUAAAAAAGUACUUGGAAGUGGAAGCUUUGCACAGGUUUACAAGACCACUAUAAAGAAGAAUGACAGACCAGUCGCAAUAAAGGUAUCCACUGAUGAGGUCAAUCAGUCCAAUGUUACAGAUAUAUUGACAGAGGACAGAACAAUGAGGGAUUUACGGCAUGAGAAUGUCGUACGAUAUUACGGUGCGUCAUAUGUGAAAACUUCGAAAGGACUGCAAUGGAUAAUGGUGAUGGAACUGUGCAAGACAACUCUCAAACACAUAUAUACAGGAAGUGAAAAGGUGGACCGUAACAUUCCUGGUUCGCUGGACAAGGACCACCCACGUUACACAGAAGCGGCAAGAAGUAUGCUUGACCACGCCUUCCAAAUCUGUCUUGGUCUGGGUUAUAUACACGAGAAAGGAUACACACAUAGAGAUAUGAAACUAGAAAACGUUCUGCUGGCAGAAGAUAAUGUCAUCAAGAUAACCGAUGUGGGCGUGGCCAAAGUGACGCAGAUGCUUGUGCGCACAGCGAAUGGAUCCCCGGCUUAUAUGGCACCGGAAGUGCUUCUUUCUAGCAAAAUCCAGACAAACAAAAUUGAUAUAUACAGUUUUUCACUCAUGUUCUGGGAAAUGUGGUUCGGAAAAGAUGUAGCAGACGAAAUCAACAAAAGUUGUCUUGGAUACGGUUUCCAUGGUAAUGCAAUGGAUGCGCUCAAAUCUAAUAUAGCAAAAUCAGAGGGUUGGAGGCCGCCAUUAAGCUCCUCAAAGCGUCCCCCGGAUGCAAUAAUUGAUCUGUUAAAAAGGGGAUGGGCUUUCGAUCCGGAAAUAAGACCAAGUGCAAAGGACUUUGGUAGAACCUUGGGGAAUUUUCUACAAAAUAACCUAUAGACUACAUUAAAUAAAAGACAACUUAUUUCUAAUAGCAGAAGUAAAGACAUUCCUGAUACACGCAAUGUUAUGGUUAGAGGGUAUUUAUCCAUCCAAAUGAUAUACGGUUUAGUGGUAUUUAUCAAAAAUGAUUGGCUGAGGACUGUACAAAAGCGUUUAUUGUAUAAAAUGCUUGUUCCAACCACAUUGGUUAUAAAUUUUCUACACUCAGCCUCGGAAAUGACCUCAACAUCCGGGUACAACAAAGUGUUGCAUCAGUAUUUGUAUUACGGUAUUUUCAUCAUCUAACAUUAGCUCACGUAUUAUUUUUAUUAUUGUUAUUAGUUCUCUUUUUGAUCGUUCAUUCAUAAAUUAUCAUGUUGAAUAGGCAAAUCAACAGGUCAUACGACACUUAAAAACUUUCCAACACCAUACACGUUAUUCCUUUUGUAGAAUUAAGUGCCCUUUAUUAUUAUUAUUAUUAUGUUGGUCUUUGCUGGCAGACGUUUGAAAUUACAUUUAUGACUUCUUACUUAUUAAUGACCCAAUGUUUAAAAAAUCUAGGGAAAAAAACCAUUGGUUUCAAAAUUUAUUAUUCUUAUUAUUUUAUUAUAAUUAUUUCGUUAACGGUAGUCAGUGAAAGCAUGAUGACAGUACAAUCUCGACUGUAGUGUUUAAAGCUGUCUUUACUAUAUAUUUUCGUACCAGUGGUAUUACUUCCCGUGGCAACAGUCAAACGCAAAACCAAAAAAUAUUUACAGUAGAAAAUUUACAACUACUGACUUCGUAUGAUCUAAGACAUAUCCCAUUGACUAUUCCGAACAUUCUGCACACACUCUACGUCAAUAGAGUGAAAGAGAGUAGUGCUCUGGAAUGUUCAAAACGUGUGCGGACUGUUCUAGAUAAAAUUUGGUGCAGAUUGCACAAUCACGUGAAAAAUAUUUACGACAAUGGAAAACAGGUCUUGGUUUCUACCAACUAUGGAUAUCCACUCUCAGUAGCACAGAAUACCAGAACGAAACAGUGUACUAUGGUUUCCUUUGACAACAAAUUAGAAGAUAACUUUAAAAAUUUUAGAACACAGUAUUCUGAGUGGCCAAAGGAAUGUGACUGGAUUUAUGUAUUGGAAUUUCCGCGUAUGCCAUCUUAAGGCACGUGAAAAAAUGCUCCAUGAAUCUAGUAUUGAAUUACGAUGACAACGACAUUUUAAUGAGUUUUCCACUUGUUUCCAUGUACCGCUGUUGUAUACUGAUGAUUCAUAAUGCUCAAAUUUGCAAUGCUCAUACCAGUUUAUUUACAAAAUUCUGUGUCAACAUGCGUCAUAUAGUCAGCGGUUUUUGCAGAAUCAUGUUAUUGUUUUAUAUUUGUGUGUGUGUGUUAUCAAUAAAUGUUAAAGGAAAACGAAACUGUUAUAGUUUUACUAU